UCGGGUGUCGCCCUCGCCCCACUGCAGCCUGCCCGCAGCAUCGCCAUGGGCUCGCUCAGCGCCGGCUCCGCGGCGGUCUCAGCCGGCCGCCUGCUGUGCGCGCCCGUCCCGCGGGUGCUGAGCGGCCGCGGUCCCCAGCGCCCGGGCGCCGCCGAGCCCCGCAGCUGUGGCAGGGGCGGCCGGCGGCGGGAGAGCCCCGGCGGGCUGGCGGGCGCCCGGCUGGAGCUGGUCGGGGCGGCGGCCGGCGGCGGGGCGGUGCCCGCGCCCGUGGUGCGGCGGGACAUCCAGGCCUUUCUCCGGGAGUGCGGCGGCAGCCCCGGCGAGGCGCGGCACUGGCUGGCGCAGUUCCAGGCGCUCGGCCAUGCCAGCGGCCGCCCCUUCGCCGUCAUCGAGGUGGACGAGGCCGUCUCCCGCUGCAAGGAGACCGUGACCAGCCUGGCCUUCAGCUUGGCCUUCCUACAGCGCAUGGACAUGAAGCCCCUGCUGGUGCUGGGGCUGCCGUCCCGGAGCUCCCUGAGCGACACCCUCACCUUCCGGGAUACCAAGGCGCUGCUGACCCAGAACUGCAAGGCCCUGACGGACGCCCUGCGCCAGAACUCCGCUGCCACCAUGCCCUUCUUCGGGGCCGGCGCCGUGCUAGGAGCGGAGCAGUCGCCCGCCAACUCCAGGUCAGCCGCUGAGCCUGCGGGCCUGGCUCUCCUUACCGGCCCGAGGGCUCCCGUUAACACCCCUCUCUCUGCUCCCAGCGGGAUCUCCGUGGACAGCGACCUGCUGCAGUGGUGCCUAGAGUCCGGGAACAUCCCCAUCAUCUGCCCCGUCGGGGAGACCCGCGGCCGCCAGUCCCUGCUGCUGGACUCCGUCGAGGUCACCGCCGCCAUUUCCAGGACGCUGCUGCCCACCAAGAUCAUCUUCCUGAACAUGACGGGGGGGAUCAGGAACUCCGGGCAGAAGGUGCUGGGGAACGUGAACCUGCCCGCUGACCUGGACCUAGUGACCAAAGCCCAGUGGAUGGGCCACAAGGAGCAGCAGCAGGUCAGGCUAAUCAUCGACCUGCUGAGCCGCUUGCCCUACGAGGCCUCCGCCGUCAUCGCCUCUGCCGGCACGCUGCUCGCCGAGAUCUUCAGCAACAAAGGCUCGGGGACCCUGUUCAGGAACGCUGAGCGUAUGCUGCGGGCCGAGAGGCUGGAGGAGCUGGACCAGCAGCGCCUGGUCUCCUUGAUCAACACGUCCUUCGGGAAGACCCUCCGAGGGGACUAUCUGGCUUCCAUACGGCCCAGGCUGCACUCGAUCUACUUCUCAGAGGGCUACAACGCAGCAGCCAUCAUCACGAAGGAGCCGGUCCUGGGCGGCAUGCCGUACUUGGACAAGUUUGUGGUCAGCUCCACCAAGAAAAGCCAAGGCUCCGGCCAGAUGCUGUGGGAGUGCAUACGGCAGGACCUCAGGACCCUCUUCUGGCGGUCUCGCGUCACCAACCCCAUUAACCCCUGGUAUUUCAAGCACAGUGAUGGAAGCUUCACCAACCACCAAUGGAUCUUCUUCUGGUUUGGCCUGUCCGACAUCCGGGAUUCCUACGAGCUGGUGAACCACGCAAUAUCCAUUCCAGACUCAUUCUGCAAACCAUAGGGCGAUCUUUCUAGGGCAGAGUGAGAGCGGAGCAGGUUGGGCUUGGGAGGAUCAGGCCUUCGUACAUCAAGACUGGAUAAGAAGAACCAGAGCUCAGAACGGCCAGCCAUGCACAGAGCCCCAGGGGUGUUUCCUGCACCCAGAGGAAUGAUUGGCACAAAGAACCCUCUUUGCCAAUUCAGCACCCCGCUUUUCCCUAAAAAAGUGCUAGCAAAGCCUGUGUUGUGCGGACUGUUGUCAAGAGAAGUUAGAGCGAGGAGGUCGGGACUCUUGGGUUCAAGUCUCAUCUCUGCCACUGACUCACCGUGGGACCUCGGCAAAGUCACUUCCCCUCUCUGUGCCUCACUUUCCCGACCUAUAAAAUGGGACCGCUAUUAACGAACGUGUAAAAAGAGCAGCGACAUCUUUCCUUACAAUCCUGUGGAACAGCAAGUAGGAGUCACACACACACAAAGCUUAUAUUUAUAGGAGCCGGCAGCCUGGCUGUGGAGUUCCACAUACAACGUGUACAGCAGAAACCAGACAAGAGUAGCUGGAAAGCGUCGACUUUUAAUGUGAUUUUGGCUUCUUUUUCAA